AUGUUUGCAACAGUCCCUGAUCCAACCACUCCUUCUCGAUCUGUAUUUGUGGGACUAGUUCCGACACUGUCAGACCAAAGUUUAGUUCCUUCUGAUGGUACAAUCACAAAUGAAAGAGUUAUUAUGUUUAGCCAUGGUCAAUCUGUUCCAGUUAGAAGGUCCUCCCUUAAACAAGAGGAUCGCAUUGCCAAGUUAACCAAUUUGUAUUUUAGAAACAAUCAUUUAUCGAAAGAGCAUGCUAUUAUUAGAUAUGAUGAAAAUGAUGGUUUCUUUAUAAAGGAUACAAACUCGACUUUUGGUACUGUUCUUAAUAGAGAUAAGGUUUUAAUUCCAGAUAUCGAGUUCCCAUUGAAGAAUAACGAUGAAAUUGGGUUCAUAAUGUCCAAACCUUCACUGCAAAUUAAAAAGACUUUCAAAUCUUAUAGUGGCUCAGAGAGUAUUAUACUACUUGAAGAAUUUGGCAGCCCUCAAAUUGCAAUGAAAUUUGUGGUUGAUAUUAGUGGGUAUUUCUUAAGGUUUGUACCACUUGGUACUAGCGAAAAGAAUGAUAACUCUGAGCCAAACAAGGAAUUGCUGGUCAAUGAAAGUUUUAUAAGCUCACAAGAUAAGACAAGGGAAAUUGACGAAAUUAGAAAGUCUGGUACUGAAGAUGAGGAAGGAGAGGAUGAUGAAAUUCAAAUUUUAGAUGAAGAAACGGUUAGGGCUAUGGAGGAGACGCCAUUCGAUAAGGCAGAUGAAGAUGUUCACGAUGAUAAAUUUGAUCCAGAGGGACUCGAUGUGCAUGAAGAAUAUAACUCCAAGGGAGAUGAAUCCAAGAGUUCAAAUGUGGUUAAUGAAGAGGCCAAUGUAUUAUCAGAUAACACACCACGGGUCACCGAGGCAGCAGUUGCAACAUCAGUAGUGGCCGCUGUAGAAGAAAAAGAUGACGAUGGUGAAUUGAACAAUAAGGAAUUAUAUCACAGCUCAGAUGAUGCUCCCAGCGAAUCUGACAUUGUUUAUGAUUUUGACUCCGAGGUGGAUGAUGCAAAUUUCAUUGAUAAAUUAUCCGAUGGAGAGCUCUUUGCAGAUGGGAAGGUUGACUACGGCGACUAUGAUGACUACAAUGACGAAGUUGAUUCUAUCUAUAGUGUCGAUGAUUCAGAUAACCAUGACAAAGACGAGGAAAUCUCAGAAACCAGGUAUUUAAAUGAAGGUAAAGAAGAAAUUAAUACUUCUGAAUCUGAAUUUGAUUCAGAUGAUUAUGACAUCUCCGUUUUGGAAUCUGAUGCAAAUAUUAAUGAUAUCGAAUAUCACAAUGAAACCAAAUCUGAAUUUGAUGAUGAUGAUACAUUAAAUAGCUCAGAUCAAAGUAUCGACGAUUCUGAAAUCUGCAGCAUCAGUGAUGAUAGUAUUGAAGUGGUCAACGACGACGAAGAAGAAUUACAUGUUUAUGCAAGAGACAACUAUCGUAUUCACUGUGCACCAUUAUGCUAUGCAAUUGAAGAUACCGAAUGUGAAUUACUGAACAGCGAUUGCUCUAGAAAGAGAUCGUUUGAUGAAAUGGAAGAUGAUAUCGAUUAUGAUGAAGACACAACUUUGGAAUCAGCUGUCGAACAAGUGAAUCUGAAAGUCCCAGAACCUCCAAGAAAGAAGAUUUUGACAUCCCAAUCUAAAUGGAAAACCAUAACAAAAGAAGUUGGGAAAGGAUUAUUUUACGUUUUGGCUACCUUAGCAGCUCUUGGGAUUUAUGGAAGUACCAUGACUGACGAAGAGAAUUAG